GCGCGCCCGGGGCGGGGCCUGCGACCUCCCCCGGGGAAGGCCCGGACUUGGGGCGGGAGGCUGGCGGAUAAAAAGCCCCCAGGGCGCCGGAGAGGCCCGUUAGCGCUGCUCAGCCCCGGCGCCCGGCCCAGCCCCGACCUCUGGAUCCAGCCGGUGCCCCGAAGUCACCAUGAUGUGGCCCCCACCACCCACCUUCUCCGUGUUCCUGCUACUGCUGCUAAGCCAAGUCCCCUCCAGCAGGCCACAGUCACCAGGCACCAAGAAGCUCAGGCUUGUGGGCCCAGCGAACAGGCCAGAGGAGGGCCGGCUGGAGGUGCUGCACCAGGGCCAGUGGGGUACAGUGUGUGAUGAUGACUUUGCUCUCCAGGAGGCUACAGUGGCCUGCCGACAACUGGGCUUUGAGUCAGCCUUGACCUGGGCACACAGUGCCAAGUUUGGCCAAGGAGAGGGCCCCAUCUGGCUGGACAAUGUCCGUUGUUUGGGCACCGAGGACACCCUAGAUCAGUGUGGCUCUAACGGCUGGGGUGUCAGUGACUGCAGACACUCAGAAGACGUUGGGGUGGUGUGCCAUCCACGGCGCCAGCAGGGGUAUCACUCUGAGAAGGUCUCCAAUGCCCUCGGGCCCCAGGGCCGGCGGCUAGAAGAGGUGCGGCUCAAACCCAUCCUCGCCAGUGCCAAAAGGCACAGCCCAGUAACUGAGGGGGCUGUGGAAGUACGGUACGAGGGCCACUGGAGGCAGGUGUGUGACCAGGGCUGGACCAUGAACAACAGCAGGGUUGUGUGCGGGAUGCUGGGCUUUCCCAGUCAGGCACCUGUCAACAGCCACUACUACAGAAAAGUCUGGAAUCUGAAGAUGAAGGAUCCCAAGUCUAGACUCAAUGGCCUGACAAAGAAGAACUCCUUCUGGAUUCACCGGGUUGACUGUUUGGGGACAGAACCCCACUUGGCCAAGUGCCAGGUACAGGUGGCUCCAGGAAGAGGCAAGCUCCGGCCAGCCUGUCCGGGCGGCAUGCACGCUGUGGUCAACUGUGUGGCAGGGCCGCAUUUUCAGCGACAGAAGCCAAAGCCUAAGCGCAAGGAGUCUGGCGCAGAGGAGCUGAAAGUGCGCCUGCGCUCUGGGGCUCAGGUGGGUGAGGGCCGUGUGGAAGUGCUCAUGAACCGCCAGUGGGGCACAGUCUGUGACCACAGGUGGAACCUCAUCUCAGCCAGCGUUGUGUGUCGCCAGCUUGGCUUUGGCUCUGCCCGGGAGGCCCUUUUUGGGGCCCAGUUGGGCCAAGGGCUAGGGCCCAUCCACCUGAGUGAAGUGCGCUGCAGGGGCUAUGAGCAGACCAUCGGCGACUGCCUUGCCCUAGAAGGGUCCCAGAAUGGUUGUCAACAUGCAAAUGACGCUGCUGUCAGGUGCAACAUCCCUGACAUGGGCUUCCAGAACAAGGUGCGCUUGGCUGGUGGGCGCAACUCGGAAGAGGGCGUGGUGGAGGUGCAGGUGGAGGUGAAUGGGGUCCCACGCUGGGGGACUGUAUGCAGUGACCACUGGGGGCUCACUGAAGCCAUGGUGACCUGUCGGCAACUCGGUCUGGGAUUUGCCAACUUUGCUAUCAAGGACACCUGGUACUGGCAGGGGACACCAGAGGCCAAAGAAGUGGUGAUGAGUGGAGUUCGCUGCUCAGGCACAGAAAUGGCCCUUCAGCAGUGUCAGAGGCAUGGGCCUGUGCACUGCUCCCACGGCUCGGGGCGCUUCUCGGCCGGCGUUGCCUGCAUGAACAGUGCUCCAGACCUCGUGAUGAAUGCCCAGCUGGUACAAGAAACGGCCUACUUGGAGGAUCGUCCACUCAGCAUGCUGUACUGCGCUCAUGAGGAAAACUGUCUCUCCAAGUCCGCUGACCACAUGGACUGGCCGUACGGACACCGGCGCUUGCUGCGCUUCUCCUCACAGAUCUACAACCUUGGCCGGGCUGACUUCCGUCCCAAGGCUGGACGACACAGCUGGAUUUGGCACCAGUGCCACAGGCACUACCACAGCAUCGAGGUCUUCACCCAUUAUGACCUGCUCACACUCAAUGGUUCCAAAGUGGCUGAGGGGCACAAGGCCAGCUUCUGUCUAGAAGAUACAAACUGCCCCUCAGGAGUGCAGCGGCGCUAUGCGUGUGCUAACUUUGGGGAACAGGGAGUGGCUGUAGGCUGCUGGGACACCUACCGGCACGACAUCGAUUGCCAGUGGGUGGAUAUCACAGAUGUGAGUCCAGGGGACUAUAUCUUCCAGGUGGUUGUGAACCCCACAAAUGAUGUGGCAGAAUCAGACUUCUCCAACAACAUGAUUCGAUGCCGCUGCAAGUAUGACGGGCAGCGAGUCUGGCUGCACAACUGCCACACAGGAGAUCCCUACCGACCCAAUGCAGAGCUCUCCCUGGAGCAGGAACAGCGACUCAGGAACAACUUGAUCUAAAGCCGUUAUUGCACGCCCCCAGCUCCGCUCACACACCAGAUACCUCAGCUUACUGGAGCCAUGCCCUUCACAAAGCCCUGACUCACAGGACAAGGGGCCAGUGACAAGGAGCACCAAGAAGCUGCUCAGGAAGCCUUUCAGUGGCCAGAUCAUCACCGGGAUGGCAGUACUCUCAGGACGGCUCUGGCCCCUCCAGAGCACUUAUGGCCUAGAUAGCAUGGCCUUGAGGCUCUGACCAGCUAAACCUUCUCUUCCUUAAGGAGACUCGACCUUUCUUACAACUUGAUGCACAGUUCCCAGCUUCAGGAGCUCCAAGUUCCUCAGGGAUGAACUGUGACCAAGGUCCUCCCUCUCUAAGUGGUGCUUCACAAGUGUCUUGGAGGAACACAGGACAGAGGAGCAGAGAACACAAGAAGUGGAUGGAGUCAGUCCUCUCUGCUAUGUGCUCCAUGCAAAAUAACCAUGUCAAAGUCACACCUGGCAGAGAGGCUGGUGAAUGCAGUCCCUCUGCUUAUCCUCCCUCAGAGGCUCUGAAGCCUCUCCUUGGCAGUUUUACCACACACACACACACACACACACACACGUACAUUUCUAAUACCCCUGAACCCUCAAGCCUCCUGAUGGAUCAACAUCCUGAUUACUGGGGCUGGGGGUGGUGGUGGCAAGUUACCCAGAAUGGCAAGACAGGGCCUUUCCUGAAGAGUAGCAAGAAAUCAAGAAGACAGCUGAGGUCACAAGUUCAGCCUUUGAGGACCUCUGCCAAGGGAGACAACAGGAAGCCCAUAUCUGGCAGGCAGUCCAGUCUCUUAGAAUCACCUACAUUGCAAGGUUAGCCUAAAUUUCAGAUUUAACCAAGGCCACUUCACCUUAACAAACUGAGAAGAACUGCGAUAGAGAAGUUGGUCAGUACAGCCCCUCUGCAGGAACGCCAAAACAGGUCUGGUAGAGUUAGGAACACAAGACUGAGUCAACAAGAAGCAAGAACGCUUAAUUUAGUUCAGGACUGAACCUGGGAAAAGCCACCAUCCACAGAGAGGUGGCUGUGCUCUGCUUUUGCUCAACUGGUAUAAGAUCUGAAGUCUUUCUGGGCAUGCCUGGACCUUUUAUCCAUGGACGUACACACGGAUGUCUUCUAGGUCUUAUAAUCCAAUAAAGGCUGCUCAUUAUGGGCUGCUACAGAGACCAGAGCAGCUGUACUUCCGUAGCUCCCAGUGCAUUGCACUCUGCCCUCUUCCCUCCAGAGCUGGAUGAUACGCAGAACACAUUCCUUGGUACAGCCCACCCUAACCUGCUUCCCUGUUACGCUGCCCGAGGUCAACAGUGAUCCUCGGGUCUGGAAGGCGAGAAGUGAAAGGGAAGAAUGAGAAGGUGCAACCCAAAGACUGUAAACUUUUAUAAUAGAGGCUACAAAAUCAAAAUAAAUGGUAGGAGACAGAACUGAUUUACAGUAUUCUCCGCCCCACAUUACAAGAGCUACUCUGACAGUCAAGAGACAUGUUUUGGGGUGCCUUCCGUGAACUAAAAGUGCCUUUUCCGUCUCCUCCGUCCCGUCAUCCCCUUCAUCUGGCACAGGAAGCCUAUUCUGGUGUAACGGUUUAGGUAAACAAGGGAAGGACUGAUUUCCUGUUGGAUCCAGCGAACAGUGACAUACUCACACAUGAAGCUAAUGGUCUGCAAAAGAAUGUGCAGCUAGCUAGGGUGGGGUGGGGUGGGGUGGUGAGUGAUGAUAGACCUGGGCAGGGAGGUUACCCUCACCUUCUUGUUGGAUCUAGUUUCCAAGAGGCCAGAAAAAGCAGGCCAGGCAGACAGCCACCAGCACUGGUCUCAGCUUUCUGGCCCACAUCACACGACUGGUAGGUGCAGCCAAUUCUAAUUCCUGGAAAAAGCUAUACAAGGGCUGCGCUGUUAGACCUCUGAGUUGAAAGGGAAAGACACGGGAAGGUUGGUGGCUGGCAUGACUUAUAUAACGAGAUGAGGAAUGUUAACAGAAUACCAACCGCCAAAUUCCAGGCAGAACCAAAACCUCAGAAGACUUUCACCUUGGCACCCUGAGUGCUUCAGAGAAGGGUUAGGAAGCUCUCCUCAGAAGCUAGGCUAAUGCUACCAAGACUUUCACGCUGUGAGGAGAGAACUAGAAUCCACAGGAACUGUGACUUUCUACUACAGAUUUGACGUAACCCUGAGAUUUAGAUGUUUACCAUAUACAAGACACUUAGUAGACGGGAGUACCUGACAUGCCGUCCCCCAUAGCUAACAUUUCUCUCACAGCAGCCACCCUGCUCUCCUUAUUUUAGAGAGGUCUGUUCUAUGGGACAGUAGCAGCCACACGGUGCUCUCCCAUUAACUCCUUUUAUAAAAGUUCGGUUUAGAUAUAACCAAGGAUUUGAUGCUAUAUGGACAAGCUGGGCCCAUGGCUGGGACUUCGUAUCACUGACCAGUACACAGUAUCCCCAGCUACUGGAAUAAUUUAAGCAAAAAGCACAUUUCCAAUUGGAAGUAAAACGGCAAUGCUUCAUAACUUUCAAAUGUUGACUUAAAAAAAUUGUUCUCUGAGCCUGACUAGAGUUAUCCUGAGUAAUAGUAGUAGCUGAUUACCAGAUAGCUAGGUUGCUAGAACACUACUGUCAGAAUAAAAAAGAAUUUGUUUUAGAAAUGAGACUUUUUUAAAAACUGGGUAAUAAACAUUAACAGUGCCUUUAGAAGAAGGGCAUGAAGCAGUUAACAAGAAGUCCUUUCACAGGCAGGUGACAAGAGCUGCUGCUUUUUUUCUUUUUCUUUUCUCAUCCUCAAGGUCACUCCGGACAUUGAGAAGUCCAGCCUGGGAAUGUAGCUCAGAGGUGAAUGCUGUCUAACACAUGUGUGGUCACGGUCAUGGUCUUGGGGUAGGGUGUGAAAACAUGGCAGGUGUGUGCCUUCAAAGUGUCUCUCAGUAUAAAGCCAUGCUGGGGCUGGAGCAAUGGCUUCUUCCAGAGGACCCAGGUACAAUUCCCAGCGCCCAUGUGGUGACCCAUAACCAGCUGUAAUUCCAGUCCCAGGAGAUCUAACACACACUUCUGGCCUCUACAGUUACCAGGAAUUCAGACGUACAUAAAAUUAAUAAUAACAGAAAAGUAAUAAAGUAACAUGUAAUAUAAAAUAAAUAUAUUUAUACUAUAUUAUUAUAUUAAUAAUAAACAACAUAAAAAUUAAUAAAAGCCAA